AUGCCGAUUUCAAAUGAGGAUCUCGUAAAGAUUCAAGAAUUGCGCUCACUAGUUAAGGAUAAACUUACCCCAUAUUAUGACACGGAUUUUAAUUUGUUGCGAUGGCUUCAAGGGCACAAUUACAAUGUUGAAAUGAUCAAACCGAAACUGGAGAAUCAUUUGUUUUUGCGGAAAUGGGACUGGGAUUUGGACAAUAUGGCCGACGCGAUGAGAGCCGAUCCGAUUCAAGAACAUUGGAGGAAUGGACUAACUGGUGAAAGUGGAGUGAUUCCGAAUGUGAUCAUUAAUCUCGAGCAAACCGGAAAAAAUGAUUGGUGGGGAAUGCUGGCCACACAUCCGAUGAAUCAGAUCUUAAAAUCUCGUGUACAAGACUUGGAGAUUAUGUUGGCUCGAGUGAUGGAGCUUGAGAAAAAGACUGGCGAACAAGCACAUAUUAUGUAUGUGAUGGAUUUGGGUGGACUGGCAUGGGAUCGGAAAUUGCCUGGAUUAUUAACAGGUCCCCUAUCAGCUUUGUCUGCUUUCAUGGCGGACCACUAUGUGGAGUUGAUACAUUCGUUUGUUCUCGUCAAUGUGCCAACUUUUAUCUCAGCUGUUUGGACCAUCGCCCAUCCACUACUCCCAGAAAGAACGAAGAAAAAAGUGGUGAUCUUGGGUGGAAACUGGAAAAGCGAGAUCCUCAAAUACGCCAAUCCCUCAGUUUUACCGUCUUUCUGGAAUCAAGAAGGAGAAGACGGGCCAUUCAAAUACCACUUGAAACGAUGCAUUCCCUAUCCAUCGGAGAAAUUCUACAAGGAUCAACUCCCAUCCGAAGCCGAGACCCUAACAAUUCCCGCUGGGAAAUCCGACUCGAUCGAUAUUUACAUUGAUGAAGAUGAAGAUUUGAAAUGGGAAAUCCAUUCGGAUGGCACUUUUAAUUUCAUGGUUUAUUAUGUGGAGGAUCCGAGGGAAACAACAGCCGUUGAAGAUCUUGCGCCUGCCACUCCGUACUUUGCGAAAGUCCCUGGCCCAACGUGUUGUCCGUUACGAGAACGAAUGAAAUGCCACAAACCUGGCAUUUACCGUUUCAUUUUCACCAACGAUGCCUGGUUCUACACCGUGAAAAUCACUCAUUUGCUCGAAAGAGCAACAAGGAAUUCG